AUGGUCCGUGCUGCAAUCGCCACCAAGUCGAAGAAGAAGCCGGCGGACUUCAAGCGGCCCAAGCGCAAGGUCGGCCGGCGGGCUACGCCAGCAGCGAAUGUGACAUCCGUGGGCAUCACCUCGCGACGCAUUAACCUGCUGGAACAGUCACUACUACAGGAUAAGGCCGGCGCGGCGCAACUAACCCACCGGCGUCAGGCACUACCAGAACUGCUGCAACAGGCGGGCCACUACAACGCGCAUGUACGGCAGCGCGCGCUACAGGGUAUUAAGGAGCUGGCCGCGCAGGCCACAGCAGCCAACCUUCGGGCCAACGCUUCGGUGCUGCUGGAGCGCUUUUUGCCUACACUGCUGGACGAGGAGGCCGUGGUGCGCGAGGCCGCGGUGCAGGCAUGGAAGGCCAUACUACCAGUUCUUCGCAGUGCGCUAGCCCCCUUCGCCACCCUCGUGGCCACUUAUCUAUGCAGUGGCCUGACCCAUUUGCAAAUAGGUGUGCGGCAGGACGCACUCAAAGCUAUUGACGAGCUGGUGGACGACGCGCCCGAGCUGCUACGCGAGGAUGCAGGACGUGAGGCCUUGGCCAGACUACUAGAGAACUUCAGGGAUUUGAUUUGUGCCGCACAGACACAAGGUAUCCGGAUGAUGAACACAUACGACUUAUUUACUGGGCACGGACUCAAAAAUAAGAAGCCAAAGACGCCGUCAGGAGCUCUGACACUGAGAUUCUCGGCGCUCAAGGUGCUGCAUAAAUUGAUAUUAUCUCUAAGCACGCUACUGCUGUUCCCCACCCCGCAGCUUCUUACGCUCAGUAUGUUUGCGGCCGCGUCCGUGACUACCAGCUCUGGAGAGAAGGCGAGUGCUUCAUGGCAGGACAAAGUACGGGCGUUGCUACCAGCUCUACUGGAUCUGUGGCUGGAGUGUCUGGAAGGAAGCACCGACGCACUUUCGGACGUCCAUGUGGAGCACAUGAAGUACAUUGUGGAGUGCACAACUGCUGUGAGCGACUUCUUCCAGGCCGCGUUAAGGUUACGCGAGGAACUUCUGGCUCCGGAGAGUUUCCCCAUGCUACCGAGUGCCAGUGCAACGCUCGCUGCUGCUGAUGGUCAGGGGCUUUCGAGAUGGCAUGGGAUGAACGCAGCGCUCGCUAAGUUGGCCUGUGAGUAUCUUGGUCUUCCCGCGUUGACGCGUGGCUCCGACAAGGAGGAGGCGUUGGACGCGCGUGUGUGCUCCUAUGUCGUUACCACGCUGGCCAAGUACAAGGAGACGGCCGAGCUGCGUGCUGUGGCCAGCAUGCAGAACGUGCUCCAGCCUCUUCUACAAGUGGUGACACUCAUCUUGGCGUCGGCUUCGCAACGUAGUGAAGAUAUCGACAAGACGGCCGCUGAACGAACGCUCUUACUGGACGCUGUGACGCAGUUCUACGUGCUGUGUACGCCCAAGUCGGUCAGUUUCCGUAGCUGCACAACAUUCGCCGUCGAGCAGCUCGAGAUUGCGCUCCGUGGCCAGCAACGACAGAGCUACAAACUGGCGUGGCCCAUGGUGAUGCAGUGGGUGGUGUGUCUUGCAGAUCUGCUUGGCCAACUCGAUCCGCAGCACAUGGAGCUCGGCCGACGCAGCUUACUGGCCUUGAUCUCCAUCCUCAAGCAGCUUCCUGCUGAGUUCGCAACUGGCGACCAGAUGGACGGAGUGUUAGCGAACUUGUCAGCGUUCUUCGACCUCGCGGCGGUGCCGUCUGCGUCCAUGAGUGAAGACGAGAAGCAGAGAAUGUUGGCUCGUACCCGGUUCGAUGCGUUGGGCGCAGCAGACCAGCUCGCCUUCGUGGCGCUCGUCUAUCACCUUCCUCGGUAUCCUGUGUCGCUGCUGCGUGCGCUGGCGAGUUGUUGCAAGAGUUCGCGUAUAAACUGUGAAGCGAAGAGCUUCCUGGUUGAUAUUCUGUUCCAGCGACGUGAGGCUGUGGAUCUCGCGCACAUUGUGAGUUUCCUGGUCAGCACAGCGCUCGCUCCGGUGGCAUCGAACGCUGUCCAGCAGCGUCAGCAGCUUCAACUUGUUGAUCACGUGUGCCACACGUUUGUUGCGAUGAACUUGGGCAGUUCCUUGCCAAAGAUUCUGACGCCGACGCUGGCCAAGGCUCAAGCUCGUGAGGAGAUGAACGCGACGGAGCUGCACACGUUGCUGCUGCUUUACCGCACGUGUGUGUCGUCGGCUGCGACUCCGACUCAGCGCUCGGAGAUCCCCGUGCAGAUGGAGAAGGAGCUGACGAGUUUGUGUGUCAAGGUCAUGACCUCUUUCUCUGCUACAGCAUCGGAGCAGGCGACGACGCCAGAGGAGAUUGAUACGCGCGAACAGGAGCGAUUGUUACUGGAGGCUUGUGGAUCGACCUUGGCUCUUGGCGAGAUGAACAUCUUUGCGUCGUUCUUGGAGGAACUUCUGGUGGCUCAACAGGUGGCUGCGUUGACAAGGAGGUUGCGUGUGCUUCAAGAGCUUGUGCGGACAGCGAGUCUGGCAGGAGCUUUCAAACGUCAUCACAGCGAAGUUGAGAAACUGGUGCGUGCGGUGGAGCAGCAACACGCCGGCGAAGAGGAAGUUGCGCAGCUAGUUCGACAAGUACGCGGUGACCUGGAGCUGCUUGCAGUGGGAUAG